AUGCAGCGACUGUGUGUGUGCGCGCUGAUCUUGGCACUGGCUCUGGCCACCUUCUCUGAAGCUUCUUGGAAGCCCCGCUCCCAACUGCAGGAUGUACCUUCAGCUCCAGGGGCCAAGAGGGGCCUUGAGCCACAAUGGCCAGACCAGCUGGGCCCAGCUUCUCACCACCAAAGGCAGCUAAGGUUCCAGGGUCCCCCACACCUGGUGGCAGACAUGUCCAAGAAACAGGGGCCAUGGCUGGAGGAAGAGGAAGAUGCCUAUGGAUGGAUGGACUUCGGCCGCCGCAGUGCUGAGGAAGGGGACCAGCAUCCCUAG